AUGAGCUCUUUCACUGUGGAGGGAGGAGGGAGAGGGAUAUACAACAAAGAUCAGAGGCUUCACCACGUUCAAAAGGACAAAUCCGUCAUUUCAUCAGCAAGAGCCGUAGACAAUCACCAUAACAUUCCAAGACAAAACUUUGACAAUUGGGGUGGUGGAAAUGGAGGAGAAGGUGGUGGAGACAACGGAACCGGUUAG